AUGGCUGUGGACGAUCAAUACCAAUCAACCAUGCCGUCACGUCCAAAGAUUCUGAUGCUGCAUGACAACGGCCAGUCCGGACAAAUGCUGCAAUGCAAGACCGAGUACUUAAUACCUCAAGUAAGAGAUACUGUGCUCCAGGCUAUGCCGCAAGAUCCAAACUUGGGGUCCGCUGAAAUGGUCGAGUUUCACUACCCUUCAUCAAAGCGGCCUGCAAGAAUGGAUCAAUCCCCCGAAGAAAGCAAUCACCUGUGGUCUUGGGCACAUGGCGAUUCUACAGAUUGCACUUGGCAUGGCCUUGAACAAUCCGUUGAUGAUAUCUUCCGCUAUCUUGAUGAAAAUGGUCCUUUCAUCGGGAUCAUGGGCUUCUCGAUGGGUGCUGCUACGGCUGCUAUAGUUGCUUCUCUUUUAGAGAAACGACACUCGGUUGGAAAUUUCCAAUUCAACUUGACCUUUCUUUCCUCACAGACGGACCACCCCCCUUUGAAGUUCGUUAUUGCGGUUUGCGGGUUUACGUUGUCAAACCCUCGUUAUCGUGAUCUAUAUAGUCCUAAGAUUGAGACACCGAUAUUACUUGCUAUUGCGAGUAUUGAUAUAAUGGUAGCUGAAUGUGAAUCACUGAAACUGCGUGAUUCAAGCACAAAUACUGCUUUGUACUUUUUUGAAGGGGCACACUAUGUCCCGCGAGAUAACGUCUUCUUACAAUCUGUGACACAGUUCAUUGAAGAUGUUUUGAGUAUUGAAGCGGAAACUCGUGAGGAGGACUGGGAGAAUUAUGGAGAUUAUUAA